GACGGUUAUCUUGAUAAACCAAUAAUAAUGUUAUUCGCUCAAUAGUGGAAUAUACAAAUCGACAUUCCUCCUAAAACUGACUGCUAUCCGAAUAUAGGAGCCUUUUCAUAUAACCUGUGACUUUCUUAAAUUAGCAAAUGAAUAACAAAGCCUUUUCGUCUCCGGUUGGUGCUGUAACCCGCCAUCCACGCCCAUACUGUACAACGCUGGAUUAGGCAGGAUAGCACUAGGCACUGUGGCGAGUGCGGUUCGAAGAAAGUGGAGAACUGCGAGAAAUAAAGAGGGAGCGAUUGGGAUGCUACAAUAACAGACAGACAUACAACGAGAGGACACGACACAGCGUGUUUGUUGGGCUACACGAAGAGAGAAGAGAGGAAAAAAUAGCCGAGAAGAGAGCGAGUGGCGGUCUGGGUUUGGCAACCGGCUUGUUCGUAGUUCCCUCGAGCCAGCUGCAGCAGGCAGCACCGUGCAAAAUGCGCUAUUUACGGUUCCUCAUUCCUGCGUUCGGUUCGACAAUGGACUCGUACUGCAACUGAGCCUGCCAACCUUGCAGCACACCGCGGACGGUAACCGACCCAUUUGAGGGAACGCUUACUGCAACAUGCAGUAAAAAGAACACACUGAGAUGUUUUUUCACAAGAUACAGUGAAGGGGGAUCCCCACCGCCGUCAUUCUCUUUCUACAUACCGGUUUUGGAUUAUAAAUCCGGGAUUAGAAGAAGUUCGGUCGGGAUGGGAAAGGAACAAGAACUACUAGAAGCGGCCCGGACCGGGAAUGUGGUCCUGGUGGAGAAAUUACUGAGUGGGAAAAGGGGAAUCCUGGGGACAGCCUCGGGCUCCAUACCUCUGCCAAACCUACUGAGCAUGUGGAGAGGCUUGAAUGUAAACUGUGCAGACAGUUCAGGCUACACACCCCUCCACCACGCAUCACUGAACGGACACAGGGACGUGGUGUUGAAGUUGCUCCAGUUUGAAGCCUCUACCAAUGUGGCUGACAGUAAGGGCUGCUUCCCCUUGCACCUGGCCGCCUGGCGUGGGGACGUCGACAUCGUCCGUAUCCUCGUCCACCACGGGCCCUCACACUGCCGCGUCAACCAGCAGAACCAUGAGAGGGAGACAGCGCUGCACUGUGCGGCCCAGUACGGCCACUCUGAGGUGGUGUCCAUCCUACUGAAGGAGCUGACAGACCCCACCAUGAGGAAUAGCCGUGACGAGACGCCCCUGGACCUGGCCGCGCUCUACGGACGACUUCAGGUGGUCUGUAUGUUGGUGACCGCCCACCCCAACCUGAUGAGCAGCCACGGGACAAGGCGCCACACGCCCCUGCACCUGGCCGCCCGCAACGGGCACCACUCAGCCGUGCACACCCUGCUGGAGGCCGGCAUGGACGUCAACUCCCAGACGGAGAAUGGCAGUGCUCUCCACGAGGCAGCUCUCUAUGGGAAGAUGGAUGUGGUUCGUCUGCUGCUAGACUCAGGUAUUGAUGCCAACAUCACAGACUGCCAGGGAAGAACAGCUCUGGAGAUCCUCAGAGAACACCCUGCACAGAAGUCCCAGCAAAUCACUGCACUCAUGCAAGAAUAUAUGAUGGAGGAGAUGAUGGACAAUAAGAGUGUGUUGAUGGAGGAACCUAUUCGCCAGUGUCCUGUCCCCACACCUCGCACCUCUAUCCCCUCUCCCUCCGCCUCCCCCUCCCUCAGGCACAAAAAUGAUGCUGUGACAGGGGAGCUCUCCAAGCUGCUGAAUGAGAUGAAGAUGUGUCGGGACAGAGACUACUCCUUUGAGGAGCUCUGCCAGACCAUCUCAUCCCACUCUCAUUCCAUGGAGAGCUUUGGCAGCGGUCACCUAUCAGACGAGGAGCGACGCAGUAACGGCACCCUGAGCAGAGUCAGAAAGCGGCCCACUCCGCCACUUCCCCCGGCCCAGGAGGAAGAGGAGGAGGAGAGCUGUGGCCCCGCUGGGUUCUGGGAGGCCCUCACACCCUGCAACGGUUGUCACAACCUGGGCUUCUCCAGCCUGUCACAGGACUCGAAGCGCUCGGCGGAGAUCGUACCAUCACCCUCCCUUGACGUCUUCUUACCAGAGGAUGAGGACAAUCCGUAUGAGUCCGUCACCACCGCCGUGACCCGCAAACCCUGCUCGCUGGACAUCGGCCUCUUCAACGCCUGCCCCCUCAACGGCCACUCUCCCCAGGUGACGGUGACUGAGCCGGAGCUGUGUAACCAUAGGAACGGCUCCUCACCGACGGGGCCUACUCCAGACUGCUCUCCCCCUUCCCCAGACACUGCCCUGAAGAGCAUUGACAGAGUCAUCCGCCCACAGCCCAAACAGCGGACCUCCCUCUCCUCCUCCCUGGAUGUCCAGAACCAGAGGCCAGUCAACCACAGCUGUGAUCCCUCUGAGGUGAGCUCGUCCCUGGGCUACGCCAGCUUCAGCACCAGCCCCCCUGCCAGCCCACCAGUCAGCCCCACCCAGGACUCACCUGGCUCCAACGACGACUGCCCCCUCACAGACAACGGGCCGUACCAGCAGAACCCUCCCCCCGCCUCUUCCAAUACACUCCCACUACCAGACGACAGGCCGUACCAGCAGAACCCUCCCCCGCCUCUUCCAAUACACUCCCACUACCAGACGACAGGCCGUACCAGCAGAACCCUCCCCCGCCUCUUCCAAUACACUCCCACUACCAGACGACAGGCCGUACCAGCAGAACCCUCCCCCCGCCUCUUCCAAUACACUCCCACUACCAGACGACAGGCCGUACCAGCAGAACCCUCCCCCCGCCUCCUCCAAUACACUCCCACUACCAGACGACCGACGACAGAGCCUCGUCCCUGUAGAAUUCGCCGGCCUCCUCCACGGCUCCUCGCCGGCCUGCGAGACGCCCGACACACCCUACCACCUCUACACCUCCAACACCAACCCCAAAGCCCCAAAACACACCCCCUCGGACCCCCACACCAGCCCGGUAACCACGCUCAGUAACCACGUCAAUUCGCUUCGGUAACCCAGCCCUUUGAAUUAGGAAUUGGACUGCCACUGCCCCUCAUUAUCCCACACACAGGAAACGAGGCGUUGGCUGUGAAGACCCCCAAAGACCCCCUCAAAGACGACAGACCCCCCAAACCUCAGGUAGUCUAUCGCACCAUCUUCCACACCCGGGUUAAUCAGAACUCCCAGAACGCCUCGCCCUCCUCCUCCUCCUCUUCGCCGUAUGGUUGGAACGGGGAGGCGGUGGUGGUGAGGGGGGGUGUGUCGGGAGCUGGCGGACCCAGGGACGGUGCACCGGCGUCUGGGUACGAGGACAGGGCCUUUACCCUGGGCAGGAUGAGAUCCAUACCUCGCAGUGUGCUGGACUUAAAGCUCUCCAAGUCACUGUCCAAGUCUGACUCCAACCUGCUGGCUGUGUCGCCCAUACAGGAGGAGUACCACUGGGGGUCGGGGGCUAGGGGCCAGGGGCCGAGAGGAAGCCCUAGCCCAGGGGACACCGCCAGUCCUGGGGGCCAGCUAGAGAGAACACCCUCCUUCACUGCUGAAUGGGAGGAGAUUGAUAAGAUAAUGAGCUCCAUUGGGGCUGGCAUCAGCACUGGCAUGGGCUCAGAAGGGAUCAAGGAGAAUAAUGCAGGUCCCCGGUGCCCCAUGCAGUCUGUGGGCCAAUGGCUGGACAGCAUUGGACUGGUCCAAUACGAGAACCACCUACUGGCCAACGGCUUCGACAACGUGCAGUUUAUGGGCAGUAACGUGGUGGAGGACCAGGACCUGCUGGAGAUCGGGAUCCUCAACUCAGCCCACAGACAGAGGCUGCUACAGGCCAUACGCCUACUGCCCAGGGUGCGUCCUAUCGGCUAUGACGGUAACAACCCCACGUCAGUGGCUGAGUGGCUGGAGUCUUUGGAGCUGGGAGACUACACUAAGUCCUUCCUCAUCAACGGAUACACCUCCAUGGAACUGGUCAAGAAGAUCUGGGAGAUAGAACUCAUCAAUGUGUUGAAGGUCAGCCUGAUAGGACACAGGAAGAGAAUUCUGGCCUCGCUGGGAGACAGGCUUCACCAAGACCCUCCACAGAAACCCCCACGGGCCAUCUCCCUACGGGAGCCCGGUGGCUGCAACACCCCUCCCCAGAUCCUUCCGGGCCAGGCUGCGUACACCACGGCGGGCGUCCCGGGGGGCUCGUUGGACGUGCAGCACCUCAUCAUGCAGGCGGACGCACGGCGCCGCCAGCGCUCCAAUGACAACUACUUAGAGGAGAUGCCUCGCUCCAAACUGGAGCGGCAGAUGGCCCAAGUCAGCAUGUCUCAUGAUGUUGGAGAAAGACCUUCUGCAAGAAAUGAUACUCAAGGCGAGUGGUGCGAGCCAAUCACGUUGCGUCCUCCCAACGAGGCCACCUCGUCCACUCCAGUGCAGUACUGGCAGCACCACCCUGAGAAACUCAUCUUCCAGUCGUGUGACUAUGAAGCUUACUAUCUGGGCUCUAUGCUGGUGAAAGAGCUGAGAGGAACAGAGUCAACACAAGACGCCUGCUCCAAGAUGAGGAAGUCUACAGAACAGAUGAAGAAAGUCCCGACCAUUGUUCUGUCCGUCUCCUACAAGGGAGUCAAGUUCAUCGACGCUACAAACAAGAACAUCAUAGCUGAGCAUGAGAUCCGUAACAUCUCUUGUGCGGCCCAGGAUCCUGAGGAUCUGUCCACGUUUGCCUACAUCACCAAAGACCUCAAGUCCAGCCACCACUACUGCCAUGUCUUCACUGCCUUCGACGUGAACCUGGCGUAUGAGAUCAUCCUGACCCUGGGCCAGGCCUUUGAGGUAGCCUACCAGCUGGCCCUGCAGGCCAGGAAGAGUGGCCAUGGCUCCUCCACGCUGCCAGAGAGCUUCGACAUCAAGCCCAACAAGCCCGUCCCCAAGCCUCGCGUCAACAUCCGCAAGUCUAUGGAGCAGCCGUCGAUGGAGCAGAAGGGUCAUGCCAACGUGCCGUGGAUAGUGGAACCAGGGCAGGAGGCCAAGAGAGGAGCGAACACCAAGUAUGAGACCACUAUUUUCUAAUAGCGUAUACCACCCGCCUGUCCACUCCUGUGUGUGUGCCUUGCAGAGAGCUGGCCCUCUAGAGGCCCCCCAACGGAGCUGCACGGCACGAGCAACCCUCUUAUGCGGCGACGUGUGUGACCUCACUGGCCGAAAAACCCACCCCGCCCGCUCCGCCGUUAGCUGCCGCAACCUCUGCAUGAUGCCGUUUGGCGCUGCGCUGUGUGUCUCUCUCUCACACACUCCUCUCUCUUGCUCUCUCCCUCCCCCCCUCCCUUUCCUUGUCCUGUUGACGCCUUAGCCUGCCUGCAGGGGCGGAGCAUGAACUUUUACCCUUGGGGUGAUGGUGCACCUCUCUGUCUAGACCUGUAGGGGGCAACAGUCAGUUCUAUUUUUCCAUUUUCCAUGGUCAGCCCUCCCCUCUUAUGUGUCAGGCAGGCAGUCAGUUGGUCAGUCAGUCAAUCACUCUUAUUUUUGUUCCUGACUGGGGGGGUGGAACCAUUUGGUUAUAUCUCAUUUUUAUCCUCUUCCUACUGCUGUUCCUCCGCUCCUCGCUUUUCUUUUUUGUCUCUCUUUUUUCACCCCUUCGACAAGCUGAAUGAGAAUAUCUAGACCAUUAUGCUGCUAAGAACCCCACCCCUAACAGUCUUUUUGUCUUUGUUGUUUUAGAGCAAAGCCAAUUCUCCAGCACUAGGUUUGUGUGCUGAUGUUUUGCGGGAUUUUGUUGUCCAGUACUGGCAACCCAGAGGAGGUGGAGGGAACAUUUGUUUAUCAGUUCCAUCCAGUUGGAGAGGAUAAUGGACUGCUAUCAGAGAUGAUGUAGCAAAUGUUACUUUUCCUAAAAAAAAGUUGCUAGUUCAGCAGACUCCUGUUUUUAUCAUAUAUCAGUCUUUGAUUUUUACUGCAGAUUAUUUUUUUUAGACAUACUUUGAGAAAUUUGAGUGGCAAAGCGUUGUUUGUUUAUUUGAGACUAAUUGACCUUUGACACAGGAAGGAAUAGUUUUUAAACCACACGCUAUACCUGUGUCCAGAUUGAAUUUGUUUAAAAUAGGUUAUUAUUAGAUUCAUCAUUUUCUUUCUAUACUUGUUCUGUUGGGAAAUGCUGAAAAGGUUUAGCUUGUGGCUUGUGAGGCGCAUGGAGUCCAUUUUGGACUGACUGGUGACGAGGGAGGGGCGGGGCCGGUGGAUAGGAAGUGGGGUUUGGGGACUCUCUGGAUAAGUGGUGUGAUCUCAUUCGCAGGGCAAUGCCGGACGCCCAUGUCUAUUACUGUGGAAUGCAAAGAAUGUAGCCAGCCUUAAACAUGGACCCUCUCACACACAAUGCAAAAAGGACUACAAAUGUGGACCCUUCUGUCUCUGUGUCAAAGGACUACAAACAUGGACACUAACGACAUUGGUGUUUAAGGUUGAUUACAAAACGAGGACAUCUUCCCACAAACCACAAACAUUGGACCCAUGGACUAUCUGUACACACACACACAUACAGUUAAGGGACUUCUUAGUAACAGAUGUCAGUCAGAUAUGUGAAUGUAGACUUUCAUUGAAGCAGCCACAACUACAACUCUAGCCCCUGUUCUGCAUUCAAUUGGACCUUGACCUUUGAACUCUAUACCACGGUCACCAAAGGUCUGGACGGUAACGGACAACUGUCUGUAUUUGAAUGGGGAUGAGGUAAAGGACUUCUGGUUGGCUCUUUUCCUCUUGUUUUAGUUUUGUUUAAUGGUCAAUAAUACAAUAAUAUGGAUAUAAUGUGACUAGCCGUGCCGGACCACCAUGCAACAGGUGAGCCCUGUGCCAAGUGGCAUCACAAAGGAUGGCUCCGCCUACCUGAGCAAAACGCCAUCCAUCCCAAUUAAAGAAAUAUUCAUAUUAAUGCCGGACGUUUUAAAUGUUUCAUAUGAGAGUAUUAUAUUACAUUAUGAUUAUUCUUGUGCAAUUCUUGUCUACUCUUGUCUUAAUGUUACAUUAUUUUUAUAUGAUAUGCUGAAAUGAAAAAAUCCGGGCUUGAGAAUGAUUGCCAUCCUUUAAAAAAAUACCAUUAUAGUUCUAUACUGAGAGUGAAUGUUUCAGAUGGCUCCUCUCCUUAUUAUUAAUAAUAAUAGCUAUUAUUAUUUGUAUUAAUAUUGGUGUGUCCGGUCAACACACCAAUCUGUUUCUCAUGGGGCUAGACUCAUAACUCCAAGCAGAUGGAAUAUUUUACCACAGUAUUUAUGUAUUCUUUGGAUGAAUACAUAGUCCUCUCUAUAUGUACAUAGAUAUUUUGCCAGCUCAUUGUUCAUACAUGUAAUGUAGUAAAACAUUUACAAAAAUAAAGGAAUAAAAUAUUUGCCGCACAUCGCACUGGAAACAAGGUACCAAAAUGAAAAGGUCAGAGUUGAAAAUAAAAUCUAUGGUUGUAGAGAUUGUAUUGGGGAGGGUUGGGACAGGGUGAUGACAUCACUGCUGACUAACUCAUGUACAUAGGCUUGGGCUUCCAGCACACAGAUUUUGUACGUUUUGGUCAUUAUUUAUAUCCUUGUAAAUCACAUGGAAUAAACACAACUUGUACAACCAUUAAUCAA